UUGUUUUUCCCCAGUUCUGGUUUCUUGCAAGGAGCUAGCUGGGAUGUAGAAGGGUUCCAGAGGCCUAGGCUUUUGCAAUUAAAGCCUGUGAUUGUCCCCAUUAUUAUUACGUAGGCUUGUCCCCUGCACACACACACACACACACACACACACACAUUCUGCUUCCUGCUCCUGCUGCUGUUUUAUUACCCUUACACCAGGGAAAUGUCGGAGCUGAGGAGGAGAGGAGCUGGUGGAGAUCAUGAAACUGCAAACCUAAUUGACAAGGAUGUAGAUGGAGAAGAUAGAUUUGCAGAGCUAGACCUCAGGACCGAUUCAGACAUUCCUGAAGUUGUUCCACCAACAGACCGCACUCCAGAAAUUUUAAAGAAGGCCCUUUCUGGCUUGUCUUCCAGAUGGAAGAAUUGGUGGAUUCGUGGGAUUUUAACUUUAGCUAUGAUUGCAGCUUUUUCGCUGAUUUACAUGGGAUCAUUUAUGCUGAUGUUGCUUGUCAUGAGCAUACAAGUAAAGUGUUUCCAUGAAAUCAUCACUAUAGGCUACAGAGUCUAUCGUUCUUAUGAGUUGCCGUGGUUUCGAACACUGAGCUGGUAAGUAUUCUUGCUGUGUGUGAACUACUUCUUUUAUGGAGAGACUGUAGCAGAUUACUUUGCCACAUUUGUUCAAAGAAGAGAGCAACUUCAGUUCCUAAUUCGCUAUCACCGGUUUAUAUCUUUUACACUUUAUCUCGCAGGUUUCUGUUUGUUUGUAUUGAGCUUGGUGAAGAGGCACUAUCGCCUGCAAUUUUACAUGUUCGCAUGGACUCAUGUCACUUUGCUGAUCAUUGUAACACAAUCCCAUCUUGUCAUCCAAAAUCUGUUUGAAGGCAUGAUCUGGUUUCUUGUUCCUAUCUCAAGUGUUGUUUGCAAUGAUAUUGCUGCUUAUAUCUUUGGAUUCUUCUUUGGGAGAACUCCGUUAAUUAAGCUGUCUCCCAAAAAGACCUGGGAAGGCUUCAUUGGCGGUUUCUUUAGCACAGUUGUGUUUGGAUUCCUUGUUGCCACCCUUCUGGCUCAAUAUCAGUAUUUUGUAUGCCCCGUGGAAUACAACAGUGAAACCAACAGAUUUGACACAGAGUGUGAACCAUCAGAACUAUUCCAGUUACAAAAGUACUCCAUACCACCUUUGCUUCAGGUUCUACUGGGAAGGGAAACAGUGAAUUUGUGCCCGUUCCAGAUGCACAGCAUUGCUUUGUCAACAUUUGCAUCCUUAAUUGGACCAUUCGGAGGCUUCUUUGCUAGUGGAUUCAAAAGGGCUUUCAAAAUCAAGGAUUUUGCUGACACCAUUCCUGGCCAUGGCGGAAUAAUGGAUCGUUGCGACUGUCAGUAUCUGAUGUCUACAUUUGUUCAUGUCUAUAUCACCAGUUUCAUAAGAGGCCCCAAUCCCAGCAAGCUCCUACAACAGCUGUUGGUGCUUCAGCCAGAGCAGCAGUUAAAUGUCUACAAAACUCUGAAGACUCAUCUCAUUGAAAAGGGGAUUCUUCAGCCAUCGCUGAGAGGAUAGGCAGACCAAACUGUGGACUACAAAGAGAAGUGCAGCUGGAAAUGCAGGUUUUGCUUAUAUGAGCAUGACGUGUUGGACUGAAGUCAGACUGUGUGUCUGAAGAUAUGAAUGUCUGUUUACUAAGAUUACUGUGAAUACCUAGGAGGCCAUGCAAGAUUUAAGUUCCUUCUAACUGCAUGUUUUUGCUGUCUAGUUUAGUUCUUUGGGUUGAUGAGAUGCGCCUUCUCCCUUGGUUCCCAGCUACAUUUUUUU